AGCAGCACGCGCCUCCCGAGCAGCUGCGCGGAUUAUUUUUUAAACUUUUUACCUUUUUUUAAAAAAAAAACUUUAAACUAACUAAAAGUCCACCAAACUCCGAGCAGCUUCCGGUUUAAAGAAUUUAAAUAAUUUAAUCUUUUAUUACUCGGACUGAACGGAGCCUGGGGGAGCAGAACCAUCAGGACCAACAGGACCCGGAUUAGGACCCGCCGGAUCAGGAUCAGGAUGUCCCGGGCGGAGGAGCGCGAGGACGCGGACUGUGUGUGUUCUGUCGGGAUGAAGUUCACGUGGGACAUCAACGACCCCAAACUGCCGCAGGACACAAAGCAGUUCGACCCAUUCCAGGAGUGGACAGACGGAUACGUUCGCUACAUCUACAGCGCUGAAGAUAAGAACGCCCAGAGACAUCUGUCCGGCUGGGCCAUGAGGAACACCAACAACCAUAACUGCCAGAUCCUGAAGAAGUCGUGUUUGGGCGUGGUCGUGUGUUCCCGCGGCUGCACGCUGCACGACGGCGCCAGGCUGCAGCUCCGCCCCGCCAUCUGCGACAAGGCCCGCCAGAAACAGCAGAAGAAGCUGUGUCCGAGCUGUAACAGCACUCUGGAGCUGCUGCCGUGCCGCGGCCACAGCGGUUACCCCGUCACCAACUUCUGGAGAGUCGACGGAAAGUCCAUCUUCUUCCAGGCUAAAGGAGUCCACGAUCAUCCGCGGCCGGAGUCCAAGUCUGAGACUGAAGCUCGGAGAAGUUCAGUGAAGAGACGAGUCAGCUCGCCACCAUUCCCCCCGAAGAGACGCCUCAUAGAGACACAGGCGUUAGGCCCCGCCCUCCUGUCCUGUGUCGACCCGUCAGACAGACUCUCCUUCAUGGAGCCCAACUUCCCGCAGCAUUACCCAGCAUUCCAGAGCCCGGAGCCCUACUACAACCCCCACAAUGCACUAGGGGAGGCCCCGCCCACCCUGCAGAAACCAGCCAAUCCCAGGCUCUACAUGGGCCGGCCCAGCUACGACUUCCAGGGGUACCUGCCCUCGCCUUCGUACCCCAUGACGUCUGAGCUCUGUGACCCCCGCGUGGGUCCGGUCCUGGGUUCCUCCUCUUCGUCGGGGUCUUCCUCGGGGCCCCUCCCCUCGGCGUGCGGGACCUUUGACCCCCCCCAGACGAAGCCCCCAUCGGGCUGGAAGGAGCUGCUGAAGAGCUCCGCCCCCUAUGACCCCCCCCACUACUACAGCGCCGAGUACCCCUGCCGUUACCCUGGCAACGCCCCGGGGUCUCCCGCAGCGCUACAGACCAUCAUCACCACGACAACUAAGCUUCCUGUUCCUGUCCCAUUAACCCGUUUCCUGCCCCCCCCCCAUCAGGUUUCCUACCAGCCGUGUCCGAAGCCCCCGGCAGGCCUCCCGUCCUACCAGCCCUGCCCCCCCCAGAAGCCCGGGGGCCCCCCCGGCUGCCCCUCCCUGCUGGAGGACGCCACCUCGCCGACCUACUCCACGGAGGUCAAGGUCACCGAGGACUCGGGGGGGGUCAUCAAGUCUCUGUCCUUCCAGCCCCCCGAGACCAAGACGGAGCGCGCCGACGGCUACGACUACCGCUACGCCUACCCCAACACGUACCGCUACGACGAGUACUGAGGGGGGGCAGCGCCGGGGCUUCUGCUGCUGUAACCAUAGAGACAGAGUCAUAAACUGGAAGCCCCGCCCACUGGAGGAAGCCACGCCCACUGGAGGAAGCCACACCCACUGGAGGCUUCUAGAGACAGAGCGCUAGCAUCAUACUCUGGAAGCCCCGCCCACUGGAGGAAGCCCCGCCCACUGGAGGCUUCUAGAGACAGAGCGCUAGCAUCAUACUCUGGAAGCCCCGCCCACUGGAGGAAGUCCCGCCCACUGGAGGGGAAACAUCUCUCUUGGGUUCUUGACCAAUCAGCACGCAGCAGCUUGUAGACAUCUUUCUGUUGUUUGCUAGCAGACGGAAUAAAGAGGAGAAACCUUCAACGGAGAGAGGAGAGAUGUUCCCACCCCCCCCCUCACCCGCUGGGGGCGGGACUUAAUACGCUCUGUCUCUGUUGCUAUGACAACAAUUGCUUCAACACAAACAGGAAGUGCAUCUGUCCACAGACUAUAGAGAACCAAACUAAACUAGUAAACAUCAUCAGGCCUGAAGGUCCUCCUCCAGCUCUCAGCACUUCUCAUGGACUUCCUCUGGGAAGAGAGCAUAUACACACACACACACACACAUACACACACACACACAUAUAUACACACACACACACACACACACACACACACAC